ACAACAUUUUUUAUAAGAUAGUAAGUUUGUGUUCUCAUCUGCUGUGGUACGUGGUGUGGACUUGGUGCAGUUAAUCCUUUCAUUCAUCGUUCUCUGGUGGCAUCAUUGGAUACUCGUUAUUACCUCCAUGUGGUCCAUGGUUAUCCAAAGCAUGCAACAUGGCGACCAAGAGAGCUUCUAAUGAGAUUAAACGUGCCAAGACGCAAAAGGGAAGACGCUUUCUGAUAGCCAGGGAGCCAAAAGUAGUUGAAAAUGCGAAGACGACAAUGUUCAUUCGUGGUGGAAAAACAAGUGAAAUAGUUACGCAAGCUCUGAAAGAUCUAUGUGCACUCAAGAAACCAAAUUGUGUGCUGUUCAAAAGGAAAAAUAUUCUUCGACCAUUUCAAGAUGAAACUUCUAUUGAAUUUUUUUCAAAUAAAAACGAUGCAUCAAUGUUUAUCUUUGGGUCGCACUCUAAGAAACGACCCCAUAAUCUUGUCAUGGGUCGAUGUUUUGAUGGACACAUUUUGGACAUGAUCGAAUUGGGGAUUGAAAAUUUCACCCCGCUGUCGAAAUUCAAGACCGAAAAAUGUGCUUCUGGCACGAAACCUUGCUUGCUGUUUGUGGGCGAGGCGUUUGAAUCGGAUCCAGAGUACAUGCGACUGAAGAAUCUUUUAAUAGACAUAUUCCGAGGUCCUGAUGUAGAGAAAGUGAGACUUCAAGGUUUAGAGCAUGUGAUGCAGUUCACAGAACUUGACGGAAAAAUCUUUUUUCGCAGUUACAGAAUUUUACUGAAGAAAUCUGGCACGAGGACUCCGCGCGUGGAACUUGAGGAAAUGGGACCAUCUAUGGAUCUAGUGAAACGGCGAGUCAAACUGGCAUCUGACGAUCUUUGGAAGAGAGCUGUGAAGAAACCCAAGAAUUUGAAGCCGAAAAAGACGAAGAACAUAUCCCAUGAUGCUUUUGGCACUAAACUUGCCAACAUUCACAUGAAACGUCAGGACUAUAGCAAAUUACAGACGCGGAAAAUGAAAGGAUUGAAAAGACAAGCGGAUAAGACGGACGGUCGUGCUAAGAAACGGAGAACAUCUGUGUGAUAACCGGCUAUGACGAGAGCUGCUUUGUCGCAUGUGGCUAGAUUAUGCAAGGUUUUUGUCUGUUUUGGCAAUAGGGGCGUAUUCUAUACCAAAGAAAUGACUGACAUUUUCUUCAACAACUGCACUAAUUGCUCAUUUCUUUGAUCCUAUUUAUGUCGUUCUUUUUGGCUACAGCUUCAUCCUUUGUAGCCGUUAUCCAUUGCAUGAGUUUUUUUGCGCAGCACAACGAAAAGAUUUGAGUGACUUGGACUCGUUGACUGCUAUCUGAGUGAACGCAACGGAAUUAACUUGAUUAAGUACGUGAAAAUGUGCUUAGAGAAAAAUCCAUUUCUGUUUGCAGUAAUUCAUAUCACGAUUUCAUAAGCUACCACAGAUGACAGCAUUUUCACAUCAAUGGUAAUAAUAAGAUUAUAAGCCUUGGAGUAAGAUGAAAGGGUGGUAAUUGUGCUGGCAAUUGGUGAUGAUGAAACUGGCAAAGAAAUGAUAAUGUUUCAAAUGAUAUUCGGCAAUUAAAUUUUAUAAGAACGCGCAUCAA